AUGGACGACACCCAGGCACCAAGUUCUUCCACCCCAGCGACCAGGGCGCGAGGAAGGGGAAAGUCGCGUGGUGGUUUAGGGAAAUACCUCCGCGCCCGAGGACGAGGACGAGGGCGAGGUCGUCCAGCGGAAUGGGGCCACCGACUCGUUCUAGAGGGUGAGGAGCAAACUGAAGUAGACGCGGAGGAACAGGAGGAGCAGGAGAAGAGGUACGCGCGGCGGCAGCUAGGAUCCAAUGCCGACCGAUAUGUCGAGCCACAGCCUGAGCUCGACUCGGAAGGAGAGGAAGUGGUAGAGCCAGAAGUCGACCUGUCGGCGUUUCUCGAGCGCCAGAGACACUCGCCAGGGCCCAGCGUUGCACCACCCCCAGUGGAAGAUGAGGACGUAGACACCAGCCUCUCACACAUCGGGCCUCGCGUACAUAAUGCUCAGUCGAAGAAGGGACGUGUACAGAAAGUCGACUGGGAUGCUGAACUGGAAAAGAUGAAUCGCGAGAAGGCAGCGGCAGAGGCAACAUGGGAACUCAAGUCGCGCUUCCGUGCUCAGACCGAGAAACAGCGCGGGAAGCCGACACAGCUGGUCAGUCGGGUUAGGACUCAAGAACGAGUCUAUGUGGAAGCUCCUCCCCUGCCCACUGAUCAACCGAAGCCGGAGAGGACGGAGAAGGAGGGAAUGCAAGAUUUCCUUGACGAUCUUCUUGGAUAG